UGGAUCAGUAAGACAUUGGCCUCGAACCGCUUUCGGGGCCUUCGAAUGUUUAUUUUGCAGAAAUACUCCAUCUGCCAACUUCUACUCUUACCCGAGGUUCUUGUCGGCCUUACGAAUCGAAUGAAUGGGGUUGCAGUGCCCAACUUCCAUGUCUCCGUUCCUCUAUUCCCACCAUGAGAUUUCCGUCCUUACGCUCCAGGCGCCAGGAGUCUGUUCAUGACUACGUCGGCGUCUUAGUCCCGCUCGAGGAGGCGCACUUGCAUAGCCACUCCGCCAGAUGCGGGAGAAGCGAGUUCGAGGAGGUUAGGACUAGUUCCGAUGGUCCCGUUGCCGACGAGCUCGAGGCAGGGCUGCCGAAAGAUGACGACAACGAGAAUACGGGCAUGCUGCAGAUGAGCGCUGCCGAGUAUACUAUCGAUGGCUUGAGAAAAGAGGUGCGCGAGGGCCAGAGACGACGUCAAUGGUCCGAGUAUGAAUUGAAAUCCAAACUUAUUAAUAAAGCCAUUCAAGAUAUCGGUAUGGGCCGGUACAACUGGCAGCUUUUUGUUUUAUGCGGGUUUGGGUGGUUUGCAGAUAAUUUAUGGAUGCAAGGUGUCUCAUUGACUCUUCCCUCCCUAUCUGAAGAGUUUGGCGUCUCGGAAAAACAGGUCAGGUAUACCACCAGUUCUCUCUUCGUAGGUCUUUGCCUGGGGAGUUUCUUCUGGGGGCUCGGGUCCGACAUAAUGGGUAGGCGUAUUGCCUUCAAUUUCACUUUACUAAUCACAAGCAUCUUUGGCAUUUGGACGGCGUACGCUUCGAGUUGGGUAUCUGUUUGUAUUCUAUUUGCAUGUCUGGGCACUGGAGUUGGGGGAAACUUGCCGGUCGAUGGAGCACUUUUUCUAGAGAUUCUUCCAGACUCCUCAAGCGCCUUAUUAACUCUCCUAUCCGUAUGGUGGCCUGUAGGACAGCUUGUUUCGUCCAUCGUCGCCUGGUACUUCAUCACAAACUGGCCCGCCGCAGAAGGGUGGCGCCAUUUCGUUAUGACGAUUGGCAUUAUCACAUUCAUCAUGUUCCUUAUUCGAUUUGGCAUGUUCCAUCUGUUUGAGUCGCCCAAGUACCUUCUAUCUCAAGGGCGGCAAGCCGAGGCUGUUGCUGUUGUACAUGGUAUUGCUUACCGGAACAACAAGAAAACUUGGCUCACCGAGGAGAUCCUCGACGCUGUUGCCGAUAUGGAAGGGGUUCAACCAAUAGCAACUAGGGUCUCAGCUAAGAAUAUUAUCAAACAAAAUCUCAUGUCCUUUUCGGUCGACCACAUACGGCCACUUUUCCAGACUCGCAAGCUUGGGACGGCAACUCUCCUGAUUUGGUUCUGCUGGAGUACCAUCGGCCUUGGUUACCCGCUGUUCAACGCGUUUCUCCCACAAUAUCUCUCACAUGGCGGCUCAGACAUACCGAUUGGCGACGAAGCUAUGGCAAUAAAUAAUGCCACCCCGGCAGAAACAUAUCGCAACUAUGCUAUAAUAUCGGUUGUUGGGGUGCCGGGUAGCCUGCUUGCCGCGUAUACCGUUGACCACAAGUCGCCAUUCCUAGGGCGAAGGGGGACGCUCGCCAUCUCUACGCUAGUGUCUGCCAUCUUCUUAUUUUUCUUCGUCGCCUUCGGUACGACACCUAACUCGCAGCUCUUCUUCACCUGCAUCGAAGCCUUCUGCCAGAAUAUCAUGUACGGUGUGCUUUACGCUUUCACCCCCGAGAUUUUCCCCGCGCCCGUUAGAGGAGCCGGGACAGGUGUAGCCAGCUUCUUGAAUCGCGUCACGGGGCUCAUUGCACCAAUUCUUGCUGCCAACAUGCCUGGAGAUGGCACUAAGACCCCUAUCUAUAUGUCAGCAAUCUUGAUCUUGGCUGCUUUCGUAGGGAUGGUAUUGAUUCCUAUCGAGACCAGAGGCAGGCAAAGACUCUAAAGGCAUAUUUCGUAUUGGGAGUAUUACUCUGUAGUAGGUUAGUGAUAUGUAUACUAGAACGGAUGGUUGGACAUGUGUAAGGGCAAAUUUAAUCACUGCGUCGUUCAGGCUGGGAUCAAUAGCAUAGUAUCAAUAAAAGCGAUCAGGGUUAAAUCAAUUUAAUAUA